UCGCGCGAAACUUGACGCCACGAAAAAUGUCAACCGCAGUCUCUGAAAACAAAACCAACAAAGAAAAUUCACCAGUUUACAACAAAACUGUGGUAAAAUCGUCAGCAAUGGAUGGUGGAGAGAGAAGAACAUUAAAGACCUUGCAGCUGUCAUCGUGUGGUACCUUGAUUGGUUCAGAGAAACAUCCUGGAAAAAAUAGGAUUAUAGCAAGUAAGAAGCCUUUGAAGAUAUUUCAAGACAAGAAAAGUCCAGGCCUUAGUAAAUUAACACGUGAAGUCGAAACUCAGACCAUAGUGAAUUGCAAAGAAACGGAAGCCCAGACAGAUGUGACUGGAGCUACAGGGGUUCAAACAGUUACUGAUUCACACAAUGACAGUGGAGCUGCUGACCUCGACCAAGAGGCGUAUGAUCUGAUGGCCAGAGAUCCAAUUCCGGAGAGUUACUGGCGUGAGUUGGCUGAGGAAAGACGGUUGUCACUCGCUGAAGCUUUGACAGAAAAUGAACAAUUACACCAGUCAAUGGAAGAAUUGAAGGAGGAGAAUCAGAAUCUUUCACUGCUUGCCAGUCAAGCUGAACAUCUUGCCUCUGUUCUAAAUGAUGUUUUAGGCGGUGAUGGUGACGAAACAACAGAUGAAAAGGAAACAACAGAAUCAGUUGAGGAAGUCUCAGAAGCUGACAAAGCCGAAGAGGGAAGUGAAUCUGAUGAGCACGAAGCAACAGGAGAAUCUGAGAAACAGGAAGAAGAUACAAGUUGACGGAUGUUGAUGUCUCAUGGAAGGUUUUGAUGCAACCAGGGAGAGUGCUUGAGUGGCCGAGUGGUGCUGUAUCUUUCAUGAUAAUUUAUGAAGACAAUUAUCUGUUAAUCAUAAAUAUGUCAACAAGGUCUUUGUAAAAAAAAAUCACCACUGACGGUUGCAUAGUUUUAAAAGCUUGUUUUAGUAUUUUAAUUUAUAACAGUAAAUGGGCACCUGAAUGAAUUUCUUCAAUGAAAAGUUAAAAUGUAAUAUGAAAGAUAUAAAAUGAUAUAGAGACCAAGCUUUUGAAGAUGUUACUGCUGGACUAUCUGAAUACAAUGACAAUAACUGCCUUAUUGGUAGUAUAUAAAUAAAGUUUUUGCAGGUUGAUGUGACUGUGUUUUCAUCAUGAUCUCAAUUUAAAAAUGUGAUAUCAUUUAGUUCUCCUUGUACUAUACUAUUUUUGUGAACUUUAGUUUCAUAAUGCAUGUUGUUUGAAUGUUUAGCUGUAUAUAUCUGAAGGACCAUAUUAGAACUUUCAUUGGGCAUUUUUAACCAUGACAAUUUGUACAAAACACUAUACUCAUAAAAAGAAAUCCUGGACGGAAGACAUUUCGAUUGUAAUAGCCCGAAAGAAUUUCAAGGACUUGUGUUAUCUAUUUGUGGAAGGACAACAUUGACAUUCAAGAAAUCGGAUUGCAGUGCAACAAAGUGACACUCGAGAAGUUGCUUGGUCAUGCUAAUCUGUUGUGUCACAUCAGAAAAUCUCUGUACAUGUUGACGGGUGUCAAGACAAACUUGAAAAAUAAAAACAGGACGGACUGUGUAUAAAAGCAAGUUUGCUUUGUGAAAAACUCCUCAUCAAAGAAUAAUUUUGUUUAAAGAAGAAUAAUCACGGUAUGUUAAAGUGGAAGUAUCACCCAUUUACUUCGUAUGUUUUAUCAGUUGCUUGUUUUAAAUUUCCAUCUUGGGACAGUGUAAUUUCUUAUGUUUCUGUGUAAUUUGUAUAAAAUGAAAUAAUGAUUUUCUCUUUCAUUAAAGGCCAGUAUUGCCCUUAAAUUUAUAUUAGUUUAAAAGAUUUAUCCUAGUUUAAUUGGAGUUCAGUGAAAGUCCUACCUUAGUGUAGAAGAAUUCGAAACGGGUACUGUCAUUAAAGUAAUCUACAAAAAAUUCAAAAUAUCUCCACUUUGUUUAAUGCUUUGAACAUGUACAUAAUGAACUCCUGGACUGUAUGUAUUCUUUAUUGUUGUUUGUCAGUUUUAUUAAAAAAUAUGCUCUUAUUGUAAAUAAACUUACAUGCCAUGUG